AUACCCUCGAAUCCAAUAAUCAACAUUUACAGAGACGCAACUUCCUCCUACGUUAACUGAGCAGUGACGGGAAAGUAGACAACAAUUGGCAAUGCCAAUUCCAAUGGCUUCCUCCUCCAAGUCCAAGACGGAGCCCCUCAAUCACACUCCUUUGCCUCCCGAUCAAAACUACGUCGUAUUGCCACUCUAUUUCCCCCGCCACCGCCUGCGCCGCUGCGCGAUCUCCGCCGUCGGUGUCGCCCUGCUUAUCACCGCCGCAUACGCCUUCUGGCCGUCCGAUCCGGACAUCAAGGUCGUGCGGAUGCGCCUCAAGAGCGUCCGGGUCCACAGGACGCCCCACGUGGCGGUCGACGUGUCGGUGUCGCUGACGGUGCGGGUCCGGAACGACGACGUUUACUCCAUGGACUACAGCGCGCUCGACGUGGCGGUGGGAUACAGGGGGAAGUGGAUGGGUCACGUGAGGUCCGACGGAGGUCACGUGAGGGCCCGAGGGUCGUCCUACGUGGACGCUGAGCUGGACCUCGACGGGAUCGAGAUCUUCUCCGACGUCGUUUUCCUGCUCGAGGACUUGGCGAAGGGUACAGUUCGCUUUGAUACUGUUACGGCGGUUAAAGGCCAGCUCGGCCUUCUAUUCCUCCACUUCCCUUUGCAGGCAAAAGUAUCAUGUGAGGUCUCCAUCGAUACAAUUAAUCAGACAAUUUUUCGUCAAAAUUGUUCUCCUGUGUGAUUGGUUCGAGUACAAUGCCAAGGUACGGUAGAGCUAAAAGGGUCCAAGAAGUGCAAGCUUCUCCUAGUUGUGAACUUUCAAAAUGCAUUCUGAGCUUGGAAUUGGAAACAUGCCUGUCAUCAAUUAAGAUUGCAAUUUGCAUGUCUUUCUUCUGUUUAGAUGUGUGAUGUUAUUGUAAUACUGGGGAGGAGAGUGAUUUAGGUGUAAUAUAUAUGUUUGUCAUAAGCCUAUAUAUAUAUAUAUAUAUAUAGCUCUGUAAAUGAUCCUUCGAAAGUAAAUAUGUGCUCUCGAAAUGCCUGAGGCAAGCUCUUCAUUGAAGGAUAAUUCCUGCA